AUGAACGCGACAGCGUCCCAACGACGUGCCCAGCAUCAGCUCAUAGGCUCGCGGAUAGCAGCCCUCGAGGAAGAAAUACGACUACUGAAGAGUCGUCAAAACGAGCUGGCCGAGAUAUCUCAAUUACCCCCUGAGAUCCUCGGCCAGAUUUUCGUCUGCUACCGGCUUUCCUGCGGGCCAAGAUCAGAGCGUUAUCACUACCACAAACAUGAAUCGCUGGACUGGACCAAGGUCACGCAUGUUUCGCGAAACUGGAGAGCGGUAGCCUUAGCGUGCCCGCAACUGUGGUCGAUCAUCGACGCCGCUGACCGUCGUUGGGCCAGUGUGAUGCUUGAUCGAUCCAAUCCAUUCCCAAUCUCGUUCACCUGGAACCGUUCUCUUUGCGAAUGGCAUGCGUCGUUGGAGAAGGACAUUGCCAACAAAGUUUUAUCACAAUCGCACCGUUUGGAGUGCCUCGAAAUCGACAAUACCUUGACUGUUUUCAAUACACUAGUAACACAGUUGACAGCUCCAACCCCCGUUCUUCGACGGCUGAAACUCCGCACCCGUGCCACUGACUUUGACAAGGAGCAUGACAUUCCCCUUCCGACAGGGUUUCUCGGCAACAACGCCUCGCAGCUACGGCACUUGGAGCUGACAAGCUUCGUGGUACCGUGGCAUGCAAUCUCAUUCAAAAAUUUGAGAACCCUGAAGCUAUCUCGCUCAACCUCAACCUCGCCAUUCCAUCCGGAGCCCGAACCAUUUUUCAAAGCGAUUGCAGAGAUGGAGGAUCUUCGUUGUCUGCAUCUCUUCGACGCUGGACUCCCCAUAGCACCUUUACCCACCAAGCGUAUCAUAUCCCUCCACCGCCUUGAAACGUUUACGCUUAAAGGGUCGCAACGGGAGUGCGAAAAUGUCCUUAAGCACUUGGCCAUCCCGGCUUCUGCCACCUUGGACAUCUGGUGCCAUACCACUGCUGACGACAGGCUGAGCAGUGUCUCAGAUUUGGUAUCGGCCGCCACUUCAUCCUGGCUCUCUUCGCCUCUCUCCAACUCGGUGGCACCAUCCCCGGUCAAAUCCCUCGCGUUCGACAGGUACGAACGCGCCAAGAUAUACUUGCAGGCCGUUGUAAAUUUCAAGAACCCAGGUCUCGGGAUAUAUAUCAAAGACUGUCGUGAUGACACAGCGCCAUGGACUUCUGACCUCGUCUCCGCACUGCCCUCGGACAAGAUUGAAAUGCUCGGCUUAUCCACAAGCAUGCCCGAGAUGACCCUGGCAGUACUUUCCCAGCUACCUCGCCUUCACACUGUCUGCAUAGAUUCAGCUGCCACCAAGUUUUGUCGAUACAUCGCAGCAGAUCCUGCCAUUCAAGGCCAAAAGCCUCGCGAGCCAUUUGAGAAGGCACCCGUGGCCACUGGAGCUACGGCGGAGAAACUACCACCGACCCCAUUAACGCGUUUCCUCUCCCUUACUACGCUCAUUUGCAGCCGCGUCGAUUUCAGGAGGGACAUCUCCGUCGCCGAUUUUGAAAAGCUCUUGAUGCUACGAUCGGAGAAGGGGAGACCACUUCGGUCGUUACGACUGGAGGGGUGCUUGGGGUUGCGUCGUCCGGAAGUCGACAGGUUGGCGAAAGUUGUGGACCAUGUGGAAGGGACUGGGAAUCACUAUUACGACUCGGACUCUUAG